UCGAGAGUGGAGCGUCGGCAAAGGCGGCGGCGGCGUCGUCGUCAUAGCCGUCGGCGGCGAGCGGACUCAUCCGCACACGCUCACGGACUGUUUAAAUGCUCGCGCGCGAGCGCCUUUCCUCUUUCUUUCGCCGAGCUCCGUUGACGAACGCUCGAGAAUGUCUCGCGCUGCUUCUGCUUCUGCUUCCAGGGCUCGCUGCGGUGCGAAGGAUCCGCGUCCAUGGAAAACGGAGGCGUCGCCAAGUUGCUGGGUUCGCAGGUCACGCCACAGGGGAGCGCGGGGCUCGGCGUAGCGGCAGGAGGAGAUCAUGGCGGUGCCGAAGGAGGGAAGCCGAGGUCCCAAGCGGGUGCAGGGAGGUUGGGUGCCGGCGUCGCUGGAGCUGUGGUCAGGAAGAGAAGAGGGAGGCCGAGGAAGUACGGACUCGGCCGAGGAGCCCUGCAGUCCGCAUCCUCGUCUCCUGGCCUUGCGCGGCGGGGCUUGGCGAGCCGUGGCAGAGGGAGGCCCCGAGGUCCCUCCGGUGGAAUUCUGCAUGUCCCUCCCGUGGUUGGAGGUCCAGCGUGGGAAUUUGCAGGAAAUUUUGACGUUCAGAUAGUGACCAUACACAGAGUGGAGGAAAUCCUUGCCAAGUUAUCAGCUUUCAUCGAACCAGGCACUCAUUCACUCUCCGUAUUUUCGGCAACUGGUUCUAUCUCCAGUGUCGUCGUGCGCCAACCUGGGCCUCUGGGCGGUCUUUUGACUUACGAGGGGUGUUUCGAAAUUCUGGCCCUGAAUGGCUCAUUUACAAUUUGGGAAGGUAGAAUUUGUAUGCGCCCUGAAGUUAGCUUGGUCAGUAUCAUGCUUGCAAGGCCUGAUGGUCAGGUUUUUGGCGGUAGAGUUGCGGGUCCAUUGACAGCUGCUGGCCCUACUCAAAUUGUAGUGGCCACUUUUAAGGAUGUCGUGCGCAAUACACCUAUAAGAGUGGAGUACACCAAUCCUUAUGCAAGUGCAGUUAACGGUGUCUCUGCAAAUCCAAUUCAUGAAGUGAACCAACCUGAGCAAAUUGCAAGAAUGGCAGAAGUUGACGACAAUUCCGGCACUCUCACCUCUGUGCUGCCAGAGCCAACUGACCAGGAAGCAAAGACUACUAUCACUCUCGGAAACAAUGAUGUGAACCCUGCUUCUCUGCGCAUUGAUGAGCAUUAUCCCUUGGAACUGGUGGAGCCAGUGUUGGAUCGGAACAUGUCUACAGACACCAAAGCUAAUGUCCCUGAGCUGCAAUAAGGAAGUUUGGUUCAUUUGCCGCGAUGGCAAGUUGAGACUGGUGGUUUAUUCUUUCCCACAUGGUGGGUUACUGCAAAUUGUUAUUGUCAUUUAAAGUUUCUCUCAUUCUUGUUAUAUAUUUCAUACUUUCCUUAUUGUCUAUCAAACAUUGCUGUUAUGAAUUGUGUUAACCUUCAAUUUGACUAUG